AUGGUUGAUGAUCUCUGCCUACUCUGGGUGUCUAUGAAAAAACCGAGUUUUGUGAACGCAGACGGAGACGCUUUCUUCGAUUUCCCCUUUGAUGAGAAAGAGCUAGAUUUUGCAAUAGAAAAUUUAAAUAUUCGUUCCAGUCCAGGAUUGGAUUACGGAAUAGAUUACAAAAUUAUAACUAUGCUCCCCCAAGAAGAUAAAAAUUUGCUAUUAAAUAUUUGCAACGAAGCCUUAAUAAACUCGGAAAUCGCGGUGAACAAAAUUGGACAUGCUCUCGCAGAGCUAGGCCUUGAACUAUCUGCUCCAAAGAGUAAACUCUGUGUCUUCAGUCGGGGUAACAAGGAGCUUCAACUAAAAAACCAAGGAAAGAUAAUUGCAGGACGGAAGGUUUGGAAAAUCACUAUCAAUGGUACGGAAAUCCAGAAUUCGGAGUGGGUUUGCUUCCUGGGAAUGUACUUUCAGUCAUCUCUGAGCUGGGAUAAACACAUCGAAGAAAUUAGAAAGAAAUGUCAAAGUCCCCUGAAAACAAUCAGCUGCCUGAGGCACACCUGGUGGGGUGCGAAUCCGACGCUCUUAAUAGGAUUAUACCGAGCACUGAUUCGCUCACGGAUUGAAUACGGAGCCAUGUUCUUCCACAAAUUGACACUAGGACAGAUCAAUAAGAUCGAUAAAAUUCAGUUUAGAGCAUUGCGAGCCGCUUUAGGAUAUAGAGCGUCCACUACCACUAAUGUUAUUUUAGCAGAAGCUAAGGAACCCCCGCUAUACCUCCGAUUCGGUUUUAUAUAUGUAACAACUAUUUAA